AUGAUUUCGGCGCGCAGCAAAAAAACGGGCGCGCGCGCGAAAAAGCGGCUCGGCACGUGGCAGUUUUGGCGCGCGGCGUCUUGGCUAGCCAACCGCACACUCGAGCGCCCCGCCGCCCCCUUCUUCCUCCCGCCGCCCCCUUCUUUCUCGCAUCCGGCGCGCCGCAGCCGCCGCUGCGCCCUUCUCCCUACGCCUUCUCUCCCACCAUUGACUCCCCCGCCGGCGACAUGCGGCCGCGUCGCCGGAGCAGCUCCGGCUACCGCGGCAUCCGCGUCCGCCCUUUCGGCAUGUUCUACGCAGAGAUCGGCUCGUCUUGGUCUCGGGACGUUCGAGACCGCGCACGAGGCCGCCCACGCGUACGAUGCGGUGGCGUCGCGCCUCUCGAGGCCACCCUCGCGGAUGAACUUCGACGACACGCGGACAUGCCAGCGGGCGCAGGACCUCGCGCCUCCGCCGCGUCUAGUAACCGACGUGGACCGUCAGGAACACCACAGGCGGCAACGCCGCCUCCUCAUCGCCGAGGCGAACGAGCAAGCAAUGGCGGAGUGGCGCCAGCACGACCCACAGGACGUCGCCGACGAGAACGCCUUCUGGGCGAAGAGGAGGGCAAAGCGGCGCGCGGAAUGGGCGGACAGGCACCGGUGGAAGGCACUGGCGAUAUCGCAGUGCGACUUGGGACAAGCGUCGUUCUUUGACGACAACGAUCCUCGGUGGGAAGACGCAUUUCUGUCGACGUCGGAUGACAACACCGAGGAGGACGACGACUCGAAGUAG